UCCUUAUUAAAAAAAUGCAUUUAACCCAAAGAAAAGAUACCCCAGCAAGGCCAAUCAGUCAACGAAAAAGAGAGGCUUUCAGCUUAGCGCAGCUCAGCCAUGGCGACCGCCUGCCACCGUCUUCCCAAAUUGGCCCCCUUGGCUCGCACUUCGCCGUCGGCCUCUCUCUCCCCAUCCCCCUCGAAGGCCCAUCUUCGCUUCUUCGUCAACCCCAGAGUAAACCUCACACUUACCGAUGCCACCAGAGCGAGGACCCUCCGACGCUUCUCGGUUCAAGCCAUGUCUGACACUUCGCCUUCGUCUUCCUCCUUCGGGUCUCGGCUCGAGGACACUGUCAAGAAGACCCUAUCCGAGAACCCCGUCGUCGUAUACUCCAAGACCUGGUGCUCGUACUCUUCCGAGGUGAAGGCUCUGUUCAAAAGGCUUGGAGUGGAUCCGCUAGUCAUUGAAUUGGAUGAAUUGGGUCCUCAAGGGCCACAAUUGCAGAAACUGUUGGAGAGGCUUACUGGGCAACAUACUGUCCCAAAUGUUUUUAUUGGGGGAAAACAUAUUGGUGGCUGUUCAGAUACCGUGAAGUUAUACAGAAAAGGGGAACUCGAGCCUUUGCUCUCUGAAGCUAAUGCUAACAAAGCAUAAAAUUCAGCAAAAGAAUCUAUUGGAAGCCUCCCUUUUUCAGCGAGACGUGGUUUAUUGCUGCCUCUUAUGAUAGAGAAAUUGCUUGGUUGACAUUGACUAGUUACAAAACCUGUUAUGAUCAAUCAUGUAACUGACUUUAUAUGACAUGGAGCAAUGUAACAACUUGUGAAGUUUUCAUAUGCCAUUCAUUUGAGCAUAUUUUGCCAAUUGUCAAAGUUAAACGACCUUUUUUAUCGGGAAAUUACUUUAUCUUGUCGUUA